AUGUCGUCCGUAAUGUGCUGCUUCGGCUGCUGCGGGGAUGGCGGGUCCGGACACAUCCCGCUCAAAGAGAUGCCGGCCGUGCAGCUGGACACACAGCAUAUGGGUGAGAGCUGUAUACCGUGCCCACACUAAACGGCAUCAACCGCCCCCGAAUACCUGGCACAGCACAACGGACACAGCGUACACAGCAUACACCGGGCACGGAGCCCACCCACCCACUACAACUAGCAACAGACACAACGUACACUGCACUGAGCCCACCGGACACUGAGCACACCCCCUACAGCUAGCAACGAGCCCACCGGACACUGAGCACACCCACCGGGCACGAAGCCCACCCACCCACUACAGCUAGCAACAGACACAACGUACACUGCACUGAGCCCACCCACUACAACUAGCACCCAGCCCACCGGACACUGAACCCACCCAUUAACAGCAACCACUAGUCAGUCCCCCAAGCUAGUCAACCCACCCUAUUCCAAACACCUAGCCAUUUUCACUAACCACUUAGCCAACCCAUUCCCACCAACCAUCUAUACAUUCUCACUAACCACCCAUUCACAACAAUCACUCUGCCCACUCUCUCCCGCCAACCACCCAGCCCACCCAUUCCCAACAACCACCUAUUCCAAAGAAACCACCCAGCCCACCCAUUCCCAACAACCACCUAUCCCAAAGAAACCACCCAGCCCACCCAUUCCCAACAACCACCUAUUCCAAAGAAACCACUCUGCCUACCCAUUCCAAGCAACCAUCUAUCUAUUCUCACUAACCACCCAGCCCACCCAUUCCCAACAGUCACUUUGCCCACUCUUUCCAGCCAACCACCCUUUCCCAACAACCAUUUACUCUGGCUAACCACUCUGCCCACCUAUUACCACCAACUAAUUUUCACCAACCACUCUGCCCACUCUUUUCACACCAACCACCCUGCCUACCCUUUCCCAACAACCAACCACUCAUUCCCAACAAUUCUGCCUGCUCAUUUCCACAAACUGUUCUGCCCAUUCAUUCCUGCAGUUCCAAUAUGUAGCAGGGGGCAAAUGAGUUAAAGGAAUAAGCCAAUCACCAUGACCACUUAAGUGAUUUGAAGUGAUCAUGGUGCCUCUAGUCUGUAUUUUCAGCAUUUCACUUCCAAAUGCUGCACAUACCAAGUUUAAUUCCAUUGGUACAGGAGGUGUAACUAAACACCUAGCAAUUGUGUGGAGGGGAUACAUAAUGGAAAAUAUUUACAUGGUAUAUUUUUCUAUCACUGGAAGAACAAUACAUAAUGGAAUGAGAUCUAUCUAGGCAGCCAUAGAGGCAUUACCAACCAUAGGUGUGUGAUAAAUAUUUUUAUUAUGAAUGUAAAUCUGUAUAUUGGCACAAUUUGUAGAUGAUAAUAUUCGUAAUUUAAUACUGGCAUCUAUUUAAAGAGUCUCAUAUAAAAUCGGCAACAAAUAUAAAAUUAGAAGAUAAGCUUACGUGAAGGAUAACUUUACCAUAAUGGUUCCCAGAAUGGAUAUGAGUUGCUGCGCAUGCCGUUGCCAUCACAGAUCUUUGUAGUUUGGGACUGCAAGACUUUUUGCCACAAUCAUUUUAACUGUGAUUGGCACAAGCAGAAUCCUGUAAUUCCCAGCAUGCAAACGCAUUCUAUGAGAUGUGGGUUACAACACUUGAAGAGAUGCACUGUGACUCGUGUUCUGUAUUUUUAUACAGGGUUAUAAACUAAAGUGAUAAUUGUCAGGAAUUCAAAGUGAAUUUCAAAUUUAAAGCCAAAAUGGAAAGACUUGACUACAGCUAUGCUUCCAGUAUGACUAUUUUUUCCUUAAAUUUGACAUUUAUAGUCUAAACUGCUAAUUUGGGUAAUGAGUUCUUAAAAAUUAUUUAAUGAAUAUUCCCUUUUAAGUUGCCAAUUUCUAUAGUUGUCAACAAAAAACUAAAUCUGGGUGCAAUAUAAGCAACAUCGGAAUUAUAAGCAAUAUAAGCAACAUCGGAAGUGAAUAUAGGUUUGUUGUUAUAUAGUGUGUACAUAUAAAAUACCAGUGUUGGUGAUGUCUCAUAAGUAUUUUAUUGUAAGGGUCCCUAAUUCCUAGAACUGCUCAUCCUUCUAUCACACACAGUUUGGACUUCUUACAUCUGAACAUUUAACUCCUUAAGGACACAGCUUCACAAGUCGAAAGCCAACAUGACAGAAAAUUGUCAUGAGUCCUUAAGGGGUUAAAGACCAAGACAUUUUCUGUUUGGUACUUGUCUUUUAAACUCUUCCCACUGUGUUCUGUUCUAGAAAUACCCUCCAUUCUGUUUAGUGAAUUGGUAUUAUCAGAGUCACUAUGGUUUUAGAUUACUGAACGGUAACAUAAGCCUCUAUCAUUUAUUUAGAUGAUGAGAGCCUGUAAAUUAAUACAUUGGUGUCCUCUGUUACUGCUAACUGUUUGUUUAAAUAAUCCUUAUAUUCUGUUUUCAGGGACAGAUGUUGUUAUUGUGAAAAAUGGAAGACGGAUCUGUGGUACUGGUGCCUGUCUUGCCAAUGCACCUCUUCACCAGAAUAAAAGUUACUUUGAAUUUAAAGUUCAGUCCACAGGUUAGUGCUCAAAAUAGUGUGCAGAACUUGUCAAAACCCACGGAAUAAAAACUCUCAUUUACUCUAUCUAGCAUGCAAACUAAACUGCCAAACAUUUUAUUUUAAAUGAAAGAGAGGACACAUUCAUGUAUAUAUUAUGCCUGCAGCAUUGCUAACAAAUAUAUAUAUUUUUAAUAAAUGUUUUUUGGUCUUCAUUUAUUUUCUUUUUAAUUAUUCACACCCCCCCACCCCCCUCAAUUAUAAGUUAAAUGAGCAUUGACAUGGUUAUAGGUAUUAGAAAUAUUGUAGUGAUUAUUGCAAACUAGAAGGUCAAAUUUGUCAGAAAAGUUUCUGAGAAAAUAAGAGUCAAAUCCUUCCCAAGAUAAAUUGAGUCCUUAACAUGCCUUCGAAGGCACCUCAACUAAAGUGCGUUAUUCAACAAUCUAAAUUUAGCUACUAAUUCCUGAAAAAUCAAGAAAGUAUUCUUCAAAAUCACAGUGAUAGAUUAGAAUAAUACAAAAAAACUGGUUAAGCUCUUAUAUAACGGUACCGUUAAUGGUAAGGUCACCAAUAAGUACAAAGUAGCUGAGCCAGUUCAGAAACAAGCUUUCACUGGUCAGGUCCCUCAUGAUGAGUUGCCUGACCGGCGAAACAAUUGUCUGGCUCAGCAACUUUAUUCUUAUUGGUGACCUUAAAAUUAACUCUACAAUAUUUUUACUUAUGCCUUUAUCCAUAUGUAGGUAUCUUAGUGGUUGUGUAUAGAGAUCAGAUGUACAAAGUUCUAGAGGUGGAUAAAGCAAUGCUCCUACUGAUUGCCUCGCAUUGUAAGACUUUACUUAAAAUUGCUCUUUCUGCAUAAUUUCAAUUUAUUUCAAUAGUGUACCAGAUAUUUCUUACAUCGUAGUGCUCGUUUAUUUGUAUACCUGCAUGCUAUAUUAUAAUUUUAAUAGUCGUAUUAGUGCAACAUAAUCCUUUCCUGACUUUUUAGGGAUAUGGGGUAUUGGAGUCGCAACGCAAAAGGCAAACUUAAAUCAGGUACCUCUUGGUCGAGAUGUUCAUAGUCUAGUAAUGAGAAAUGAUGGAGCCAUUUAUCACAACAAUGAGGAGAAAAGCAGACUCCCAGCAAAUAGUCUGCCCCAGGAAGGUGAUGUGGUGGUGAGUGUUCUUUGUUAAACAUGGUAACUUGUUAUAGAAAAGCACAAUGUAUAUCUUUGAUAUGUAUGCUGAACGCAUCACGCCACUAUAACUUUUUGCUCGUGUGUACGUUUAUUUGAAUCUGUCUAAUCUAUUUUACAAAUGUACAGUUUCCUUCUAACUUUCGGUUGUAGCAGGAAGGGAUAAUAUGUGACAUAUCAGGUGGUUUAUUGUUGAUUUGGUUAUUCUGGUUUAUCCACCUUCAUGCAUCCAGGGUAAACCUGAAUAACCACACGGUUUGUGGCAAUAAUUAAUUUCAGAAUCCUAAAUCUAUCAGGAUUUUUUUUUUUCUUCUAAUUUUGCUAUUUUGGCCUAAAAUGCCUUUCACAUCAUCUUGGUGACCGACUAUGGGGCCAGUUGGAGAGCUUGGCAGAUGUGCUUUGUAACUAGCUCUGCCCCACUGUAUCUGCUUGUGUUUUGCUCCCAGGUAGGGUUGUGCCGAGCAACCUGCAACAGUAAAAUCCUUUCUGUGCACUGAACUAGUUUUUCCAUUUCAUAACCCAGGGGUAUACAAGCACUGUCAGAAGUAGGCCACAUGAUGAUAAGAAAUGUAUGUGUUUUGAGGCAACAUUAAUGUCUUUUAUGCAUUACAAUGGCUAGAAUACCCCGUAAACUUAGUGUGUAUUUUUAUAACAAUACAAAAACUGUGGUAAAUGGGGGCGGACAAUGCAUUAUUCCGGGGCUAAUUGCCAAUAGAAGUAGUAAUAUUGAUAGGUAAUACAGUACACGAGAACAACUUGAUGUAGUAUCCGGGUGCAGGCUAUUUAUAACCCUAAGGAGCAUAUUCGUUACAUGGUGAAUGGAGAUUCUACAUUUAGACCAGUGUAGCUAGACCGAAUGAAAAAUUAUAUUUUUGAGAAUUUAUUUCAACAUGAUAAUAUUAACAACUUUUAUGCAUUCAGUUGUCUGUUCAUAAUAACUAACUAUUUAGCAGCUUCAUAGAUGGCAAGUUGCUUUCACAUUUUAUUUGUUUUAGAAUAAUCUAAAAUUACUUAAGAUUUAUAUUUUUGUGAUUACCACUGUCUGGUGGGUCACAUAUUGCACACUUGUACACCGUUUUUAAAACAUUUUUUAUUAUUUAUUAGGGAUGCGCAAGAAAACUGCACCACUACAUAUAAAAGAUCUGUGUUCUUCUACAAAUCUACAUAACUUGCCAUAUAUGAAAAGUAAAACAUUUUUUAUUUUUUUCUACAUGCUCGCCACACUGUCUUGUGAGUAGCUAUUGUAAUGUUGCUGGAGUAAUACAAACUCUGAACCCAAAAAAGCAUUGAUAUUUCUCACUGUAAUUACAGAAUGUAAGUUCUGUAAUUUAAAAUGUUCAUUCUGUAUACGUUAUUGACACUGUUUUUGUUUUGUUUUGUUUUUUUUCUCCCUUUCUCAGGGUAUCACUUAUGACCACGUAGAAUUAAAUGUAUAUUUGAAUGGCAAAAAUAUGCAUUGUCCAGCAUCCGGUAUCAGAGGAACAGUUUAUCCUGUUGUUUAUGGUAAUGUUUUAUUUUUUUGCUACUUUGUUUUGCUCUCAUUAUUGUUUGCUUGCUACUUUAUGUGACAAACAGUGGUAGCUUUUAGGGUAAACACAAUUGUUGUUUUUAUCACAUUUUUUAAUAUUUAAAAAUCAGAGACUUGAGUGAAACACCUAGCUUGUACCAUCAUCAGAAAAAAAUGGCAUAAACAUCUGGGCACUCCACAGUGCAAAUGUUUGGCUUACACUACAUCAGAUUACACACUGGUAUAGGGACUUUGAACUAUGGUUUAAAUGGACACUAUAGACAUCCAGACCACUUCAUCUCAUUGAAGUGGUCUGAGUGCAGUAACCCAGUGGACGUCCUCACGGUCUGAAUGAGGGACAUCCAGAGACGGUAAAAUUACAGCAAUGCUUUCUUAUGCGGAGGGCCUAAUGCACUUGCAGCGCUCGCCCGUUGGGUAACUUUGAAGGAGGCUGCAUGCAGACCCAGCACCGAGGGAGAUCAGUGCUGGAAAUGGGUAAGUAUAGUAAAGAUUUAUUAACCCUUACAGUGCUGGGGAUGGUCGCUAGGGAGCUAUAGUGCUAGAAAUAUAACUUUGCAUUCCUAGCACUAUAGUAUCCCUUCAAGUGUGCACUGUGGUGAGUGUCGGCUGAACAGGAUGUCCUCUGUGCAGAGGCGGCUCUCUAAUUAGGUGAUUUAGGCGGCCGUCUAAGGCCUCGUGCUGGCGGGGGCCUUGCGGCCGCCUAAAUUACCUUAGGGCAGACUUACAUGUCCAAGCAGUCUGCCCUGGUAGGGGAGCGCCUGCAGCUCCGCCGGGAGUGAGCUGCAGACUGUAAAGAGUCUUGCAACCUCCAUCCAAUCAAAGCAUUGCUGCGGGUUACCACGGCAACGCUCUGAAUUCUGGAGAUUGCGAGACUCCUAUCACAUGGUCUGCAGCUCACUCCCGGCGGAGCUGCAGACAGGAUAGGAAGCCCACCGGACCACCAGGGAGCCAGGACACUGGACCACCAGGGAAAAAAAAGGUAUUUGUACAUGUGACGGACCGCCUCGCACCCCGACCAGGUACCUCCAUAAAAUCGCUACUUCCUAGCACUUGCAAGCACCAUAAGCACUGCACUGGAACACCAUAACCACCAUAAAUCCCACAAACCGCCGCAGUUUGGUUGGGGUCUCGCUGUGCUCCACCCACCCUGGACCCAAGACCAGGAUCCAGCUUCUAGUGGGUAGACCUCUCCUAGUCCAGAGAGCAUAGCAGGAACAGCUCUUACAAGAGCUUAGUGAUUAUACUCAGUGGAGUAUAGUGAUAUAGCAAUCCCCGGAGUGAAUAUAGUUCUCCAAUCCCCCAAACAUGAGCCAAGACUUCAUGAAGGGGUAAACCAAUCUCAGUUUAAUGGGAGCAACACUUGGCCUUAUAAGACAAUCCCCACGCAAGGGGUACGCCCACAUGGACCUGAUGGUAGACUGAUUUACAACAUCACAGACCAAUUACAAUGAGGUUACAAGGCACGACACUACCACACACAGCACACAAUCCCUCCCCUCUGAUAAUUGAGUCCAAUACUGUAUUAACUCAUUUAUCUCCAGGCAGAAAAACACAUAUUUCUAUAAAACCCCAAAAACACAUAAAAUCCCCACAAAUUGUACACCCCCUGAUAGCCCUGAUCUGGGUGACCAACAUAUCCAAAAGUCACCCAGAUCGGUUCAGGGGUUCAGGAAUUCUAUGGAAGUCACAUUUUGACCGACCGCAUGCAUGGUCCCAUGCCCAAAACUGUUCCAGAGAAUCAGGCAGUGCGGUCGGUCUAUUUCGGGAUUUUGAAAUAAAGUCCAAAAUACCGAACGUAGCCGUUCGUGAGUACGGUCAGUUUAUGUCUCUCGUUCAGGAGUUUAUUCUUACCGAACGCCAUUUGACUUCCGUUCGAAUAGCCGAACAUCCAUGGAAGGUAAAUAGGUAGCGGUGUUUUUCCCUGCGAGUGUCCGAUUUAAGUUCCAUGAACUCGACGACCAAACACCGCUCAUUGUACUCACGGCUUAAGAUGGCUGCUGCCACGUGUUUUUGAAUGCCGAUUCGAACCACUUCGACCAUUCGGGAGUUCGAAGUGCCGCUUCAAACCACUUCGGGAGUUUGAAAUGUUACUGUACCAGUCCAAAAAGGCACAAAUGGUGCUUUCAACCAGGCUUUAACAAUGGGGCCAUAGCCACAGGAUAGGAGACUGGCAAACAGGCCCCUCCAAAAGCCAGUGGCGAGGUUACUUUCGUCACAGUACACCUUCCCUCCCACUGCUACCAAUCACCCCCUCACUCAGCCCCCUGUCAACCGCUUAUCCCUCACUCUGCCACCUGUCGCCCCUGCACACUCUGUCACCCCCUCCCUCCCACACUCUGCCAUGUCACCCAACCUCCACACACACUGCCACCCCCCUCCACACACUAUCACCAUACUCCCACACAGUCACCCUUGCACACACACUGUCACCCCAUUAACCCUGCCACUCACUUUAACCCCCUCCUGAUCCUGUCACACUCAUCCCCUCCAACCAAACUGCACUCCCCUCGCUCUGCCACACUCAAAUUAACCUCCCUACUGUUACUCACCUUUUCUCUCACUGUCACGCUCCCCACUCCCCUUCCUGUCACGCUCCCCACUCCCCUUCCUGUCACGCUCCCCACUCCCCUUCCUGAUGCCAAACUCACCCUUAACCCUGCCGCACUCACCCUUAACCCUGCUACACUCACCCUGUAUCAUUAACACCUCUAAUCCUGUCACCCCCAUCACUCUGCCACACUCACCCUGUCAAUUAACCCCCUUAAUCAUGUCACAUUCACCUCCCCUUGCCCUAUCUCAGUCCAAAAAUGCCAAAUACCCGCCAGCCUUGUGAUACCUCCCCAACCAUGCCACAUUCACCCUGUCACAUUAACAAUUUAAGCCUGUCACACUUACCUUAUCUCACCCUGUAACACCCCCUCCUCAAACCAUGUCACACUUGCCCUCCCUCAUUCUCACACUCACUCCCUCACCCUGUCACACUCAUUCUGCCACAGUUACACCUUUACUCACCCUGUUAGUCACCUCUGAAGACAAUCAUCAUACACACAAAGGUAUAAAACAUAGCUUCACCAUAAACAAAUUCACAAAAGCCACAGGCAGCCACCCAUAUACAGAAAAACACAGCAAGCAGCUAACACACACACACACACACACACACGCUCACAGAAACAUACAUUCACAUACAAGGAUACUUACUCAUAGUCACAGGUAGAACAUGCCACACACACUCAGAAUUACACACAGACCGAUAAAUACACAUUGUGACUGUACGUCUUUAUUAGUCAAUAUUUGUGUCUGUGCAUCAGUGUGUGUGUAUGCAUGUGCAAGUAUUUGUGUAUUAGUGUUUAUAUGUGUGCAUGUAUUUGUGUGUGUGUGUGUAUGCAAUGCGAGAUAAAGAUAAAGUUGCAAGCAACAUAUAUAUUAUAUUUAUACAUACAUAUACAAUACACAGGGAAACUUAUAUGAUAAUAUACAUGUAAAGAAUUAUAGAAUAUGUGGGGGAAAUGUCUAUAACAUUCUUUUCUUAUCUGUAACUUUAUUAUUUGGUAAAUUAUUUUUUUAAAAGCCCAACAAAAAUGUUUAUUCUUGUUUCCAAUAACCCCUUCACACUGGCACUUAUGUAUACACGACUGCCAGGCUAUACAACCAUACCCAGCAAUCUUGUAUAAAUCAUUGCAAAUGCAAUUUGUUAAUUGCAAAUUAUGCAAUAACUACUGUCCAAUAGCUCACAACGCAGCGGCAUAGGGAGCCACGACAAUGCAAGCCUCUGAAGAUUAAUACAGGGACCACCUUGCUGUAGCCAACGCUGCAAGCUUGUCAUUCAAUAUACCUACAGCUCCUUAUAAACACACAAGGCAACCCCUAUUUAUUUCACUAAUGGUGUUAGUGGGGGCCUCAUUUUUGAGUUUCGUCUAAGGCCUUACAAAGUCUAGAGCCGCCCCUGCCUCUGUGUAGGUGAAAUUUCCCCUUCUGCGGGCUGAAUGUGUUUAAGAAGCAAGUUGUGUUGAUGUCUUUAUAAGACCAGGGUUUGGUAAAGGGUUUUGAGCACUCCUCUUGUAGGAACAAGAGCAGUGUUAGUCAUGUGAUUGUCACACUUCUACAGAGGUUGCUCAUAUACCCGCUAAGACGCCUCUAAGCACUCUGCACUGCACUAUUGCAGCAUGAGAGGCAGAUCUCCCUUUAAUGCUGCCCCUUCACACAACUUAUUAAAAUAGAAUUGGUUUUACUAGCGGAUUCAAUAACAUUAUCAUGUAUGUCACUUUAAGAUUACUGGAGGUAGAGAAAUGGUAGUAAAUUUUAAUAUAGGCAAGACAUAUGCAAUCUUAUAAUUCUGAGCCAAAACCAUAAUUUUGGCAUCAGUGUACAACAGGUCAUGCUCAGAUAUAAACUGCACUAUGGUAUUUUGCAACAGCUCAUAAAAUGAGACUCCCUCACAUCUGAUUGCAUAAAAUACAGGGAAUAAAAAAUCUAUAGGAAAUGGUGUGAUCACCAAUCAUUAAACUAGUAUUGAUAGAUGGAUCAAUUUUAAAUAGUCUGUCACCAAAAACUGAGUAUUCCAUAAGUGUAUUGGUAAUAUAGUCUGUGUUAAAAUUUUAGUGCAGUCAAAAGCGAUCAUAAGACCAAGUAACAACUACUACAUCUUAUCAUAAAUGUCCAAGUUGUCAAAAUGUGUUCACUCAAGUUUUGACAACUUCAACAGCCAUUGCUAGUGACAACACUGGGAAUCCAAUAUCAUCUCGCUCAUUGUGA